AUGCCAGCAUAUACCGGGUCGUGUUAUUGUCGAAACAUCCAGUAUGAGCUGCAGCUGGCUUCUCCCGACGAUGCGCGUAUGUCACUUUGCCACUGUCGAAAUUGCAAAAAAGCAUUCGGGACAAACUAUGGUCUCACGGCCAAAGUUCCCAGGGACGCAUUCCAUCUACUAGCCGGGGCGCCGAAAGAGCAUGCGGCAGAUAAUGGAUCUGGAGUUAUAAUCCACCGCGAGUUCUGUGAUAACUGCGGAAGUUUCAUUCUGGAAUAUGGGGAGCCUGCCAAGGACACUUUUCGCUAUAUUUGCGUUGGAACGUUGGAUGAUCCUGAAGCACUGCCGCCGAAAGCCGAGUUCUUCUGUAAAAGUCGAGAAAGCUGGAUGCCAGAAAUACCCAGUAAGUCACGGUCUUUGCUACAAAAUCCCAGAUGA